GGGUUUUGCAAUUUGGUCAUCGCGGUAUCUUCAUGACGAGCUUACCUGGUCGGCCGUCGCGAUGCUUCAUAUUCACUCCCUACUCCGCGGCCAUGCGCUCCUUCCAUCGAUACAACUCCGUCGCCUCUUCUUCUCCACCGGCGCUUCCGCCACCUCCUCAGUCGCCACCGCUUCUCCCGAUCCCAACUUCCUGGUCGAAUACCUCAUGAAUGCAUGCGGGUUCUCCGCCGACGAUGCUUCCAAGGUCUCCAAGUCGUUCCCCCGUUUUCGGUCCGCCGAGAAGGCCGACGCCGUUCUUGGAUUUCUCAGAUCUCAGGGCAUUGAUGGAGCUAAUCUCAGAAAGAUAAUAUCUUCGAAGCCAGGAUUUCUCUGCAGGGAUGUGGAGAACAGUCUCGCUCCAAAGUUUAAAAUUUUGCGCGACAUGGGGUUAUCUGAGUCCGACAUCGCCAAUGCGGUUUUGCGGCAUCCCGUCAUUCUUUCCCUCAACGUCCAGAACACGCUUCUCCCCAGAUUGAAGGUUUGGGAAAGUUUAUUUGGAUCGAGGGAGAUCCUCUUCAGACAACUCCGGAGCUGCAAUAGGUUUAUGAGCACCAGCAUUAAGAAUGUGGUACGCCCUAACUUGAACUUCUUACGGGAUGAAUGUGGUAUUCCUGAAGACCGGGUUUCUCGUGUCAUUAAAAGGCACCCCGGCUUCAUCGUGCAGAAUCCUGAAUCCCUCCGGGCUUUGGUAGAUAGAGCUGAGGGGAUUGGAAUUCCCCGUGAAUCCAAAAUGUUCCUUUGGAUCCUUGAUGUGCUGCACGGGGUCAGCAGGGAAAAAUUUGAGGUCCAAGUCAAGCUCUUGCACAGCUUUGGUUGGUCAAACUCGGAUUUCACUGCUGCAUUCAAGAAACGUCCAGCCUUUUUAUGGCAUUCCACGGAAGUAUUGCAGAGGAAGAUGGAAUUUUUUAUCAAGGAUGUUGAAAUUAAACCUUCUGAGAUUGCUAACCACCCAAUCGUUUUGGCAUUUAGUUUGGAAAAGAGGUUAAUUCCUCGGUUUCAAUUGAUGAAGAUAUUGAAAUCUGAAGGGUUAUGGACUUCAAACAUCAAGCUACACAACUUUUUCUCAUCGCCGGAUCCAAAAUUCUUGCAGAGCUUUGUUCUCCCUUACAAAGAUAAACUCCCCGAACUUGCUGAACUCAAGGGGAAUAAUCCAAACUGCAAAUUUAUUUGAGAAUUGUCAGGUGAACUCUAAAUGAGAAGAUAUUUAAGCAUGAUCAGAGUCAGAUGUAUGCUAGGCUACACUGCCCAUCUGCUGAGGUUAUAAUUAAUCUUAACUUCAAGCUUUAAUAUCUUUGAAAGCUGAAGGAGCAUAGAGAAUUCACAUUGCAAUUUCCUUCAUUGAGCUUUAUGGAAAUGAUAUUCUUACCAUGAGGAAAGAGUCUAUCACCUGCUUACACAAGGACACAUCUUUCUUUGUUGCCCCAAAAGAUCUGAAAGAAAAUAGCUCACCAAUCGAGCACAUUUAGGUGAUAUAUGUGAGGGUGCACACUUACAGGGAUUAGCUGGUGAAGCAUCAAUUUUAUUUGGUUUAAAUUUUUUCUGGUGAAGCAUCCUUACAAGGAUGAACACUAUUGAAGGCACAAAGAUCAUUGUUCAAUAUCUCAAGUAUAUUAUUUUUCAAACAAAUGAUGCUUAAGUUAUGGCCAGUAUCUGCAAUCAGGAUAUAGGGUAAAAACAGCCUUUAAGAGGAUAAACAAAUAUGAUUCCAGGUCUAAUUGAAGUGGAGAAAAAGAUAUACACAUACAGGGAUCAGGAUUAGUUAUAGCAAAGAUGAUUACGAUCAUCCCAGAUGUCUUUGUCUGUUCCUAGAUUAUGUGAAGAGAAGUAAAUCACAGGGUCGAUUUAUAAUCGAUCGUCAAGAUUUAGAUUUAGAUUUAUAAUCACGGUCUGAACUCCAUCCAUUCUUUAGGAUGUCUAGAUUUAGAUUGCCGGCGGUAUCAACAAU